CAAAAAGACACGGCUCUGGCGAUUUUAUUCUUUGAGCUGUAACCAGAGAGAGAGGAAAAGAAAAAGAUUCUCUCGAACUCUCGCCGGCCUCAAGAAUGGAAGAUUACGGCCGUCAAAGACCGUACGGAGGGAUGCAAAUCCAGCCUUAAAACGGCGGUCCGGGAACCGGAGACUUCAGGAGCUAUGGCGCAUCUAACCGGAUGGUGUCACAACAUGUAUGAUGUGAAGAAUAAAAUCGAUAGGGAGGUCGAAGUCGUGGGGGAUAACGGACCGGAGCUGCAUAGGAAGAAAAGGGUGGCGAGUUACAAGAUGUAUAGUGUUGAAGGCAAAGUCAAAGGCUCUUUUAGUAAAAGCUUCACAUGGCUUAAGCAUAGGUACACACAGGUCGUCUAUGGCUGGUGGUGAUUUCUUUUUUCUUCUUCUGAUCGCUUUGAGCUUUGAGUUUUUGUUUUCUUGUAUGUUUGUGUUGUUUCUUCUCUUAUAUAAAUCUAUGUGUGUUGUAUUAUAUUCUUCAAUGUAACCGUGAUGGCCAC